AUGUUAGCAACAACAGCACCAAACUCGUUAGUCAUGAACCCAACUUCAAUGUUAGUAGAGAUGAAAAGCUUCAUUCCUUCUUCAUAUACUUUCGAAACAGAAAUCCAGAAGAUAAAGCAAGAACUUCUCCAAGGAGAUUUAGAUUGCACUGCAAAAGAUGAAACAAAUGAACAGUAUCUUUAUGAAAUGCAGGAUAUUAUUGACCAUCUACCUAAACUUCCUGAAAUCCAACAACAAAAGCUCACUAUUCCAGAAUUUGAAGAAAUAGAAGUCAAAGCAACUGACUCAGUAGAAAUAAAGAAGUUCAUACGUAAUGUAAACUAUGAGUUUCUUGGAUUUCAUUGCAACCACAAAGACUGCGAUAUGGUAUAUUUCAUUGACAUAUAUAAAUCUGGGGAGUUUAAGACCUACGACAACUUUGUUUCGUUAGUUGCAAAAUGUGUAUGGCAGAUAAGAGAUAAAGAUAGAAGAGGUAAAGUAUGGAAUGAACAGAUAAAACCCGCAACUUUUGA